AUGGCAGGGGAAGCUAAGGAAUGGUGGCAAAAAGAGCCUGCGAACUCAAUCCACACUUGCAAAAAUACUAGACCUGCUGAAGCUCUCCCGAGUGAUACUGAGCCUAAUCCUAAGGCUCAAGUCAAUGCGGUUACCUUGAAAAAUGGAAGAGAAUUAGAAGAAGUUCCUAAGAAAAAGAAGUAUACAGCUAGACCUGAAGGAGAAUUGGUUCUUAAGCCCGUUGAGGAGAAUAAGAAAGAAAAGCCAGAAAUUGAAGUGUCUAAGUAUGCAAGGUAUCUUAGGGAUAUUGUGGCAAACAAGCGAAGACAUACAGAGUUUGAAAUAGUUUCACUUACUGAAGAGUGUCGUGCUAGAGUUCAAAGUAAACUUCCUCCUAAGUUGAAGUAUCUUAGGUGUUUCACAAUUCCUCUGUCUCUCGAAAAACAAGAAUUGGCUGAUAGAUUACUAGUUAUGCCAGAAGGAAUUAUUGAGGAUGUGUUAGCUCGAGUGGGAAAGUUUAUUCUUCCUGUUGAUUUUAUUAUUCUUGAUUACGAGGCAGAUGAGGAAGUACCUAUUAUUAUGGUGCGGCCAUUCUUAGCUACUGGUGGAGCACUUAUUGAUAUUAGGGAAGGGAAGUUGAAGAUGAGAGUUGGCGAUGAGGAAAUCACUUUUAAUGUGUACAAGGCACUUAAUCUCCCUAAGCAUUAUGAGGACUUGUGCAUGAUUACUUAG